GCAGAGAAAAGAGAUCAUGACCCGAUCUAGUACAUAAAGUGUCUCACACACACUCCGUGUCCGCGUGGCUGUCGUUUAUGUGCGUACGAGAGGGACGCUGGGCUCAGACAACGACCCGACUUUAGUGUGAAUGUGCCGGUUAGGAGAUUUCCACCUGCCCAGUGUGUUUGAAAAGCUCCCGGGACUCCGCGGUUCACCUGAGGCGCACGAGGACAUCGUUUGCAUGAAACUGUGCCCGGAUAAAAGCAGUGGAUGCAACUACACUCUGUUUAUAGAAGAAAGGUGGAAGAGUAGGAGCGGCUCUGAAGAGGAUCAGCUGACCACAGGCACCUACACCUCAGCUAAAAUUUCCACCAAAUCCAACCUGAAACGCACCAUGUCUCUCAGCACUUUCCACCUCAUGCAGACCCUUAAGAACUCUCCUGCUGCGUUACGUCGCCGCUUUCGCCGCGACCGCACAGAGUCUUUAUCCCAUGGUGACCCGCUCUUCAAAGUCCACUACCUGGGCACAGAGAAAAUCUUCUCUCUGGAUCGAGAGCAGGCCCAGGAUGCUAUUAACCACUUGCUAGAAGGUAUUGCUAAUGGGAAGAAGCUGAGCAAAGAUCACGCCCUGGUGGUGCGCCCAAGAUACGUCGAGGUCAAGGAGCUGAGCACCGGCCGGCAGCUCACUAAGACAUACCUGCAGGACAUUGCGUACUGCGCCGCUGAUGCCAACCGGCCCAAUGUCUUCCUGUACAUCUGCAAGCAUCACGGGCAGCAGCUGCAGUGUCGGGUGUUCUGGUGCAGCCGGGCAGAGCGGGCGCGAGACAUGACGGCCUGCCUGGCUCAUUCCUUCCAGCGGGCGCUGAGCGACUGGCAGCAGGACGGCUCGGCCACUCUGACGCCAGGGGAGGUGAAGGGGAAACGUGUAGAGGAGUCAUCCAACUCUCCUGUAAACACAAAGAGCUCCACCCUGCCUGCCAGUCUGGGAAAAGUCCGCUGGAAGAAGCGAGGCUCUGUCUCUCGCAGCCCCAUGAGGGCCAUCACCAGAAGAGGAUCUGCCUCUGACAGCUGGAACUGAACCCUGACUCUAACCCCUCAAACAUGGGACCACAUCUACCUAAUGACAACCUCAAGGAUCACAGCACUGAAGGGAGUUAGGGAGUGAUAACAAGACAGAAGGAAAGACAAAGGGGAUGCAACUGGGAAGUGGGAAAGUCCAUAUUUGGACAUAUUGUCUGAGUACUCUGCUUGUGGGAGGAUGUUGCCAUAAUCAGUGAGUGUAUGGACUUGACGGUUUGUGACGCAGCAAAGUCGUCUGUUGACUUUUGCAAAUGUGGCGUCCGAUGCAGCACAAGAUGCUGUUGACAGCUUCCUUUUGUUUGCCUGUCAACAGCAAUGUGUGGACUAGUGACUGGCUGCGAGCCAUUUGAGGACCCGACUGAUUCAUGUUUGUGGCCCUUUUUUGGUUGGCUUGUUUGUUUUUAAGGAGUCUACUUGAUACUGAAGCCACCGAAGGGUUUGGUCUGUUGGAAAGAGACGAUUUAAACCAACAACGAUACUGGCUGUUGGCCAAAAUGAUCCACAGGCAAAACUGGAAAAGACGACGAGAGUCCUGAUGCUUCUGAAGGCUGAUUUUUAUUUAACUGACAUUUGUUACAGGUCAUGAUGAUUUUAUGUUGUUGUUUUUUUUUUUUUUUAAACCAUGUGGCACUAGCAACUAUGUUUUUUUUUUCUUUUUUUAAUUGGAUGGACACAACCACACUUUUAAUCUAUGUUGUGAGAGUUUCGGGCCAAGAUUACAUAAUGUAGGACAAUGCUGUCAUGUCAUACAAAAGUGAAGUAAAAUUAGCUAUAGUCUGUAAUGCAUAGAAUGUAGUUACUUAGUUAGUAGUUUCUGAGCACUUUCCAAAUUUCCAGCUGUAAAAUUUGACACCUGAACACAUCAGUUUAAUUAUAUCAUUUCCUACUGCAUUUUAAGAGGCAAUUUGCUUCUAUGAAUUGUAUGACAGGCACAGCACCUGCAUUGUAAAUAAAAACAGAAGUAUCCCCUUGCACACUAUAGCAACAUCCUGCAAAAAUCCUGCAAACAAACAAAAAAAAUCCUGACCGUCCACAGUGAUAAAUUAUUUGCAUUUACGUGGGAACACACUCAGCCAUGACUUGCGAGUUUGUUUGCGUCCGAACACUGGGAACGCUGUGUUCCCAUGUGGAGCCUCUGUGAGGAAUGUGCGGCCAUGCACCUGCAUUCCAAUAGGGGGGAAAUCUGAGAUGGAGAAUCUUCUUAAAAGCCCUGAAUUCUUCUCCCAUGUCCAACCAUGACUUUGCAUUUGGAGCGGCCUCAUCAGUAGAUGCUACAGUACGCUUUUAACUCUUGAGCUCUCGACUUGUUCACAUUACCGAAGCCAUAAAAGGUGCCCUGACUGGUUUUUAAGUCCAUUUAAAGUGACGGUUAUAGGCAUUGAUAUGUGCAGUAUUGCAUAACAUGCUCUCAUGAGGGCGAUUUCUAUCCAAGGUUUACAAAUGAGAGACUUGAGGAUUAGUUGGACACCCCAAGGCGACCAUUCAGUUCUCAUUUCGUGUUUUCUGACCAAAAGUAAGCUAGAGAUAUUUUUUAACAGGAAAGGUGCCUGUGUUUUUGACUGAUGUGCCACUUGGUUUUUAUCGGUUAAUUUUAACUUUUUGUACACUUUGAUGUAUCUUUUACAAACGGCACAACCUUCAUCUCAUAAAAGGGGUUAAAGUGCCUGCUUUAAGAUAUAUUUUAUCAAUGUACUGUUUUGUCAUUGUACAUAUUUAAAUAUGUAUUUUAUGAAUUAUUAAAACUUUUUAUACAACA